AUGGAUCUUCUGUCUGUGCUACCCGACUUCGCAACGAAACCCUACGCGCACAUUCUCCCCCCUCUCGAGCGCGGCAAAAUCACCACCGUCGACCUCAUCACCCUCGACACCCUCGAGAUCGCCAAGCGCGCCCAUGUUCCCCCCGCCGACGUGCGGCGGCUGGCCGCGCGCAUCGUCGACGCCCUCCACGCGGACCUAGGCUUCGAGAACAAUACAACAACCGCAGACACCGAAUCUAUACCCAUAUCCAGCAACACCACCACAACGCCCCCAACCCCGAACCGCAUCCUUGGCCCGGGGACAACCCUCGACGUGACGCGAUGGAACACCGUCAGCACACUCGACGCGGCGCUGGACGCGCUGCUCGGAGGAGGCAUUCCAACCGGAUACGUGACCGAGAUCACAGGCGAGAGCGGGAGCGGCAAGACCCAAUUCCUGCUCAGUAUCCUCCUCUCUGUGCAGCUGCCAAAAUCGAAGGGUGGGCUCGACCGGCGAGCCGUGUACAUCUCAACCGAACACCCGCUCUCCACGCCGCGGCUCUCCCAGCUCCUAGAAUGCCACCCCUACCUCUCAUCUCUGCCCGAUGACCAGAAACCAUCACUAGAAAAUAUCCUGGCUAUCAAUGCUAUGGACCUCGAGACGCAGGACCAUAUCCUCAACUACCAGCUCCCCGUCGCGAUUGCGCGGUACAAUGUCGGUCUCAUUGUGAUUGACUCGAUUACGUCGAAUUACCGCGCCGAGCACUCCUCCAAUAGCCUGCUGGCUCUCUCGGCAAGAUCAAGCGAGCUCGCGAAGCUCGGACAGCUGCUGCGCAAUGUGGCGGUUAAACAUGAUAUCGCUGUGGUAUUGGCGAAUCAGGUCUCGGAUCGCUUUGAUCCAGUUGACGGACAUAAUGGGAUGGCUCAGGCUGGGUUUCCGUUGGCACUUAGCCAGAAUACCGCAGUCGCAGGAGCAGGGGGAGGAGGACGUGAGUCAGGCGCCAAUUCUCCUCACCCACGGUCUCGGACAGAGACAGACCAGCAGGCCUUCCUGCCCUCGUCAUCACCCGCCGCAAUCCCAUCAUCGCCAUUCCCCGCACAAGAAGACGAUCACUUCGACGGCUCCUAUCUCAUCGGCAAUCCGGCCCGCAACGCGCUCCUGAGUCUGCUGCAUCAGGAACGCUUCUUCACAGGCUGGGGAGACGGUGUGCCGCCAGAGACGGGGUCCCUUAAGACUCCAGCGCUGGGAUUCUCUUGGUCCACGCAGAUUGCCUGUCGUAUUGCGCUGAAGAAAGAAGAAGAGGCUCGGCCGGUAGUGAUGGGUGAUCCAGCCGUCCAGAGUCAGGAACAGAAGAGGCUCAAACCUCCAGAUCAAACGUCCGUGGGAGAGCAAGAACAAGGGACUGGCCAAGAGGUUACAAAGCCAGUGCAAGACUUGACUUCAAGACCGGCACCGGAAUUCCAACGCCCGGAUACGCCACAGCGGAUCACUAGACGAAGUAUGAAACUCGUCUUCGCGCCGUGGACGGCAGGGAAUUCGGGGACGAAUGGGAGGAGGAGCGGCGAAGUCGAUUUUGAGAUCUGGAAGGGUGGGCUACGAAGUAUCUAG